AUGCCUAAGAGGAAGGUCAGCUUCACCAAAGGGGCAGCGAAGGAGGAGCCCAAGAGGAGAUUGGUGAGGUUGACAGCUAAACCUGCUCCUGCAAAAGUGGAAACAAAGCCAAAAAAGACAGAGGGAAAGGAUAAAUCUUCCAGAAAAAAAAGUGCAAGCAAAAGGGAAAAGGGGAACAAAACAAAACUGGCCGAAGUGGCUAAUCAAGAAACAGAGGAAGAUUUACCCAAGGAAAAUGGAGAAAUUAAAAAUGAGGAGAAUACAGCCUCUGUCGAAACAGAAGAGAAAGAAGCCAAGUCUGAUUAA